AUGGCGGACGCGGACAUCACCGGCACACCCUCGAGCUGCGCCAUGUCCUCUCCCGCUUGGCUCCCGGACCGCAGCAGCCUUUCAAGGCUGCUCGCUUCGCCAGUGAACGUGCCGAAAGGAUGCGGCUGUGGCGGCCUCUUAUCUUUGGGGGAUUGGCUUCGAUCUCUCUGCGAGCCAUGGCCAGAAGACGAGGAGCCCGGCCAUGCCCGGUUGCAGCGGCUCCACGAGAAGCGGCUCCGCGAGCAGGCGGCGGAGAGGGCCCUGGCAGAGGCGCGGAAGCUUGCCGAGGAGCAGGAGGCUCGGGAGUGGCAGGAGGAGCUGAAGGUCUUGGAGACGAAGAGGCUGCGCCUGCAAGGCGAGGAGCUGGAGAAAGACUGCUUGGCCUAUUUUGCCUCCGCGGAGAUUCUUUUGAAGGAGGACGUCCUUCCGGAGAGGUCCUCCGUGCCGGAAGAGGUGCAGCCGGAGGAGGAAGAGCAGCGAUGUUGGCAUGUUCUGGAUCCCGUCGAGAGCUGGUUUCGUGGCCUCUUGAAGGAUCGGCGAGGUGAAGAUGCGGAGCAUGCGGAGCAUGCGGAUCAUGUGGAGCCAGAGGACUCCGAAUUCAACUCGUUUGGCGAAAGCGAGCUGGAGCACGGGCAUUGCGGAGCGCUGGCAGAGUUGUGCGCGGCGCUGGACCGGAGCCUUGCCGAGGCCAAGGAAGCUUUCAAAGUGCACGAGGCGAAGGCCGUCGAGGCUGUCGGCGAGGAGACCGAAAGCUUCAGCGAGCAACUCGACCAGUUGCUCGCCAGGUACCAGGAGGACGUGUCCAGGGGUUCACGCAACUCGUUGGAAGUGGUGGAAGUUGGGGACGUUGAAUCGUCCAAGGCUUCCAAAGCAGAAGAGGCCGCGGACUGGGUUAAAGCGCUCGUGGAAAUUUUAGAAACCGUGCUCCCGAAGCUGCGGAAAGUUUCUGAUGCUUUGGCUGCUUCACCAGACCCGGGCUCCGAACGCCUGUGCCUUGCUUUGGCCGCUUCCGAGCUGGGGCAGAAGUUCCGCUGCUUGGAGGAGAGCGCCCCGCAGGGCCCAGCGACACCAGUCCCUCGCUUCUUCCAUCAGGGCCCGUUUCUGGGGCCCGCGACAGCGGACGUCCUCUGGGGCCUUGUGGCACAACAAAAGCCGUUGCUGUUGGAAAACUGGGUCCUCGUUCCCGGGUCACCGUCCUGCUGGCAGAUGAUGCGGGCGACCGGCGUGGGCUGGUGGGGGUCGGCGUUGGAUCAGAUCGUCACGAGACUCGCGCAGGCCUCCAUGGCCAAGCUGCGAAGCAGCAGCAGCCAUUCGCUUUCGCUGGCGGUCGCAAGGCAAUCGCAAAGCUCUGUGGCCACCUUCGAUGCCGGCGUUUGGGGCCGGGCUCCGGAGGAGCAAGAACAGGUGGCACGGAAGUUGGCCGUGGACGAGGCGGUCUUCUGGUCCGUGGUGUUGGGUGCCACAGCUCCAAAACUGCGGGCGCUCUGCAAGACCGGGCUCUUCAAGGAAGGCCAAGGCGGGCAGCUGUGGACACUGCUGAGUCACGAGAGGGCAAACGAGCCUGCGUUCCUGCGGAAGAAUGCUUUCCGCCUGCUGGAGCUGCACCGUUUUCAUCUGGCAGCCGCAUUGUUUCUGCUGGCUGGUAGCUGCGAAGAGGCUUUGCAAAUCAUCUCCAGGCAUUUGAAGGAUCUACAGCUCUGUGUUCUCGUUGCCCGAGACCCGAAGCACCGCGAAGCGCUGCAGAAGGUCUUGCAGCGGACAGAGGCAGAGGAUGUCUGGCUGCGCCGGUUGCUGGCCUACCACAGCCAGGCGGCCAGCGAGGCGGAGCCGGAAGAGCCGCAAAGGAAACGGGGAGCGACGGGAGCGACGGCGGGCCAGCAGGACUUCGAUGGUUUGCGUCUCUCGCAUGCUGUUAGGCUGCUGCCAGAAGUGGAGAGGCGAAUCCGAGCUCAGCUCGGGCUUGGCUAA